CGGAAUCGAACAUAGUCGUUCGACGUCGGAUGUGUGGAAAUUUGCGUUAUCAACACUAGUCGGGACAGUGGAGGAAGCGGUCCAGGAAUAUUGAACGUUGUUUUUUCAUGUUAACUCAGCAAUAAAUUGCCGUCUGGUAAAUAAAGUAGACAAGUCGAUACAAGAUAAGUGACGGAGCCAAUUAAUGAACAGCUUGAUCGAUCUAACAAGUGUAAGACUAUGAAGUGUCAUACAAUCACUUCACGAGAGGCGCAUAUAUGAAGGUUUUGUCGUUUCUUUCGUGAAGGGUACUGAUAUUGAAGGACUUUGAAUAAACAGGACUGUGAAAAGUAAAAAUGGAUAAGCCAGUCUCAUCUGACAUUGUUAUCAUUGCGGGCAAUUCUCAUCCGGAACUAGCCAAUCUCAUUGCCAAUCGUCUUGGUGUAAAACAUGGUGGCUGUGCUGUGUAUCACAAGUCAAACCGAGAAACGAUGGUAGAAAUAGGAGAUUCCGUACGUGGCAAAGACCUGUAUAUAAUCCAAACUGGUACAAAAGAUGUGAACAAUAACAUAAUGGAACUUCUUAUUAUGGCCUAUGCUUGUAAAACGUCGUCAGCCAAAAACAUCGUCGGAGUGAUUCCAUACUUACCUUAUUCUAAGCAGUGCAAGAUGCGCAAACGCGGUUGCAUAGUGUCUAAGCUUUUAGCAAAGAUGUUAUGCAAGAGUGGCCUAACGCAUAUAAUCACUAUGGAUCUCCAUCAGAAAGAAAUUCAAGGAUUUUUCGAUGUUCCCGUGGACAAUCUGAGAGCUAGCCCGUUUCUCUUGCAGUAUAUUCAAGAAUCCAUUCCCGACUAUCAUAAUUCUGUGAUCGUUGCAAGAAAUCCAGGUAGCGCAAAAAAGGCGACUAGCUAUGCCGAGAGAUUGCGUUUGGGAAUUGCAGUAAUUCAUGGAGAACAGAGAGAGGCUGAAUCGGAUAUGAACGACGGUCGCUACUCACCACCCGCAUUAGCGUUAGCUUCACGCACCAUGGAAGUCGGUGUGGGUGUGCCGAUGCAUCCGGCGAAAGAGAAACCACCUAUAAACGUCGUUGGAGACGUUGGAGGUCGUAUCGCUAUCAUGGUGGAUGAUAUGAUAGAUGACGUUCAGUCGUAUGUCGCGGCUGCCGAAGUACUUAAGGAAAGAGGGGCUUGUAAAAUAUAUGUUUUAGCUACGCAUGGUUUGCUUAGCUCGGACGCUCCCAGACUCAUCGAAGAGUCUCCGAUUGACGAGGUGGUUGUAACCAAUACAGUUCCUCAUGACGUGCAGAAAAUGCAGUGCCCGAAAAUCAAGACUGUUGAUAUCAGUAUUCUCUUAGCUGAGGCAAUCCGGCGUAUACACAACAAAGAAUCGAUGUCCUAUCUGUUUAAGAAUGUAACUUUGGAGGAUUAGGAAGUAGACAAUUGCAUGGAAAAUCGUGGUUUAAUCAUGAAUAAACAAAAGUUACACAUACACACAUAUACACACAAGAUUCAAUGCUGGGGACCAUGUCCAAAGUACAUAUCCGUCUCUUGAUUCUCUAUACUAUUUUUAUAUUUCCCUGACUGUAUUUUGACACGACAAGAGAUUGUAUAAACUAGUCCAUUGCGUUUGUGCGAUGGUCAAUUGAUGAUGAUAAUCGACCGUACAUCCUAACUGUACAUUUCCUCUAUUGUUUUUUUUUCUUUCUUUGUUAUACAGAUAGAGAAAUCAUGUGUGAACACGGAUGCAAAGUGUAGUCCUUGCAUAAAACGCAGUAUUAAGCAUUGUAAAGUCUUAGAACUUACGUGUAUUUUGUGCUUACCAGUCAUCUAGCGCUAGUUUUACCGUAUGAUUCUAAGAAAAGCU